AUGCUCCACGGCGGCCACGCGACGCAUCCGCCUCCUCUCCUGAGCACGGCGCGAGUCACGAGCUUCGCGACAUGCAUCCUCGUCGCGCUCGCGUCCGGGACCAACUAUGUAUCUUACGGGCCCCAGCUGGGCGCUCGUCUAGAGCUCACGCACACACAGAUCAACCUCGUUGGCCUCGCAGGCAAUAUUGGCGUGUAUGGAAGCGCGCCAUUACUAGGAGGCAUUGUCGACCGCAAGGGUCCUCGCAUUAUGAUGGUCCUCGCCUUCUGCGCGCUCCUCACGGGAUACCUUGGCAUCCGUCAUUUCUACGACUCCGGCCUGCCUGAGGGCGCGACGACCCUCUCUAGCCUUUCUCUGGCCGCGCUUAUCGCCUUCGCCUUCUGUACUGGGGUGGGGGGCAACGGUGGUCUCGUCAGCUCGAUGAACGCCACCGCAAAAAGCUGGCCCGACAGCGCACGCGCGACCGCCAACGGGAUCGUCAUCUCCGGCUUCGGCCUCUCCGCGUUCCUGUUCUCCACGAUCGCGCACACGCUCUUCCCGGGCAACACCUCCGAGUUCCUCCUCGUGCUCGCCGUCGGCACCGCGCUCCCGAUGAUCCUCGGCUUCUUCUUCGUGCGACCCAUCCCCCCGCCGCACGUGCACGACGGGCCCCCGCGCGCGUCCCUCGAGCACGGCACGCUCGCGGACACGACCGACUACGGCGUCGUCGAGGGGCUCGUCGCGGGCACCCCGACCGCGUUCGACUCCGCGAACAGCAGCCAGACGCACCUUCUCGCGCGCGAAGAGGGCGAGGACGACGAGGACGACGGCAUCGUGGACGAGGAGAGCGGGCUGCUCGGGGGCGGCGACGAGGACGACUUGCCCGCGCCGGCGCACCGCCCGGGCGCGUCGGAGUACGUCGUGCCCGCGACGGCGGACGCGCUCAUGCUGAGCCCGACGCGGUCCGCGAGCCAGCCACGGCACCGGCGGUCGUCGAGCCGGCGGAGCGCGCGACCGGGCACGGACAAGACGGUGGACGGGAUGCCGAACGUGUACGGGAAGCGGCUGUUCAUGACGGUCGACUUUUGGCUGCUGUUCGCGAUCUGUUCCCUGCUCAGUGGGACAGGUAUCAUGUACAUCAACAACGUCGGCGCGAUCUCGCAAGCCCUGUUCGCGAACAACAACCCGGACUACGACGAGGUCGAGGCGUCGCAGUGGCAGGCCGCGCAAGUCUCCGCCGUCAGCGUCACGAACUGCCUCGGCCGCAUCCUCAUCGGCAUCAUCGCGGACGCGGUGAAGGCGCGCCUGCGCCUCCCGCGCACGUUCUGCAUCGUCGUCGUCGCGACGAUGUUCAUCGUCUCCCAGGCGGCCUGUCUCGCGAUCGACAACGUCGCGGACCUCUGGAAGGCGAGCCUCCUCCUCGGGCUCUCCUACGGCGGCCUCUUCGGCCUCUUCCCGACCCUCGUCAUCGAGUGGUUCGGCCUCGCGCACUUCUCCGAGAACUGGGGCUUCGUCUCCCUCUCGCCCAUGAUCGGCGGCAACGUCUUCUCGAUCGCCUUCGGCCGCAACCUCGACGCGCACGCGGACGGCCCCGGCCCCGCGCCGAACGCGACGUCCGUCACCUCCGCGCUCUCUGCGAUCACCUCGCACCUCUCGGCGGUGGCGGGGACCUCUACGGCGGCGGCGGCGGCGGAGCUGGGCGCGCGAGCGGGCGGCGCACCCGCGGCGCACCAUUGCGUCGACGGGCGCGCGUGCUACGUCGACAGCCUGCGGAUGACGGUCGGCGCGUGCUGCGUCGCGCUCGCGCUGGGCGUGUACGCGAGCUGGCGGGACUUGCGGCGGCAGCGGCUGCAGGCGCAGUGGCGCGGGGUUGGCGCGGGACCGACGGUCGUGGUGUGGGACGGCGAGGAGGAUUAG